GGAGGGCGUCCCGGGGGAGGGGGCCGGGCCGGGCCGGAGAAGGGGCCGUCAGUCCGUCCGCCCGUCCGUCCAUCAGUCCGCCCGUGCAGCCACAGCGACGCAAGAUGGCGGCCACCACGGGCUCGGGAGUAAAAGUCCCCCGCAAUUUCCGACUAUUGGAAGAACUUGAAGAAGGUCAGAAGGGCGUAGGCGAUGGGACAGUUAGCUGGGGUCUUGAAGACGAUGAAGACAUGACACUUACAAGAUGGACAGGAAUGAUUAUUGGACCUCCAAGAACCAUUUAUGAAAACCGAAUAUACAGCCUUAAAAUAGAAUGUGGACCUAAAUAUCCAGAAGCACCCCCGUUUGUAAGAUUUGUAACAAAAAUUAAUAUGAAUGGAGUAAAUAGUUCUAACGGAGUGGUGGAUCCAAGAGCCAUAUCAGUGCUAGCAAAAUGGCAGAAUUCAUAUAGCAUCAAAGUUGUUUUGCAAGAGUUGCGGCGCUUAAUGAUAUCUAAAGAAAAUAUGAAACUUCCUCAGCCACCUGAAGGACAAUGUUACAGCAAUUAAUCACACACAAAAAAAUCACCUCCCCCCCCCUUUAUUCAAUUUAAGCUGUCUUCGUUUUCCACAGUAGUCCAUUUUCUAGUUGCAUCAUGUAGACCUCAAAGUACUGGAAAGGAAGUUCCCAUUCAAAGGCGAUUUAUCUUAAGAUACUGUAAAUGAUACUAAUUUUUCAUUUGAAACUCAAGUUGUGCUAUAGCAAAUCAUGUGUCAUGUGUAACCACUGUCCACUUAGUUGACCUUCGGGUCUCAAGAUAGUCUAUUUAAAUUUUGGACUGUCAUAACCGAUGUGGCACAUCUAACUCAACUGUGAAAGCGUGCAUCACACAAUCACCUUGCUGCUUUAUUUGGCCUGGGAUUUCCUCGUUUUCUUUCUUUGGUCAGCCCCCCCACCCAACCUCCUCCCCCCCGCCCACCUUUUGGCAAUCGCAUUCCAGCUCAGGGCAGUUUGUUAGAGGAAACAAAGGUUUUAGCUUCCAGUGCGACGCUGGGCUUGGGACUACUAAGAGGGUUGCCUGCCAACCUCAGCCAUCCCUCCCUUUGUCCCGCCUCUAGCAAAGACUGACGAAGCUGGUUUCCUUCCCCUCCCCACCCCCCUUUUUAAACGCUACCCCAGUAAGCCAUCAUUCUCCCCUCCGCGGCCUUUGGCCAAGACUUCGAUUGUAUUUUGUUUUUCCACCCCCUCGUAACAAGGGCCUUUGGUGAGGGAUUCAGGGUUUUCUUUCCAACGUCUUCUCUUCCCCCACCUUCGCUGUGGGGUGCUGCUCUUUCUCCGCCCGCCCCUUCCUUGAAUCGGUCGGUCAUCCCUGUCCUGCAGGUUCUCCUCACCUUAGGCCAAUAGCCAGCCUGCCCUCCCUAGCUCAUCGUUUUGAAUGAAAUUGCAUUUAAUUUUCACCAGCCUGGGGGACCGGCGUAUCUAAUGUUUGCAAAUCCAGACCCAGCUCCUCCUGGCCUCCCUCCCCCGACUUUCUUCUCCCGUCCACCUCUUCCCGCUUUCCCCUCCCUUCCCCACACCCAGCUGCCCCCAGCGACCCCUUCCCUUUUGCCAACUCCCCUGCGACGGCUGAUGGUCUUUAGCUUGGCUUUUGGUCCAGUGAGAAGAGCAGAAGUUGCAUCAGGAUCGAGUGGAUCCGUCAACAACAGUCAUGAUCUUCAGCAGAUAAUUUCUACGAAAAGGCUGCGAUCUCAGUUCUAAGCGCGGCCCGCUUCGAAGGGAUCAGUCAGGUAUCUGAGGGCUUUCAGCUUUGGAAAUUGAAGGAGUAUUCGUUAAUCGCUCGUGCAUCUAUUCGGUUGCUCUCGUGGUAGCAUUACAGUAGUUUUGGAACUCGGCAACCGGAACAGAUGGUUCCUUUCGAACUGGGGGCAAACUUUGGUUUCCGAGCUCUCCCUCGGUGUCUGGGAAGUCCAGCUCUCCUGCGGUUAUUCAAGAAAACUCGGUGUGCAUAGCAGCCAUACCGUUUCCCUGGCAUCAUUUCCUGGCAACUCACAGCCUCUUCUGACUCACUGUCUUCUACUGAACACGGGGAUGCAAGCUUCGAGAUUUGUAUCCUGGGUUUGAUUUUGUGUUUUUGUUUUGGGGUAUUUUUUUUGUAAUUCAGCAUCUGUGUAAAAAACCGCACUUGGAAGCAGUAGAUAUCCAGCCAGAAACAAUCGGUGUUUCCAUUAACUUUUCGGAGGGAGAUGUUCAAAUUGAGUUGUAAGGAUUUAACAGCCUCUGUAAUUAAAGUUUAACAACAGUAUUCCAUAAGCAGCCUUUUUAUUGUCAGACCAUUGCCUGAUUUUAAUAUAAUAAAAAGUGUGCAUUAAUAUGAA